CUCACCUUUUCCUCCAAGGGCGAGGAUACUCAUGUUGUGUUCACUGUCUCGGUGGCACAAGUAUUAAUCGGCCUAACGGUUUCGACCUCCAUCUUCGGAAGUCCAAGCCAAACAAUUACAAUCAUGGCCACUACUUCUGCCACCUUGCUAGUUUCAGCCGCUUGUCUUCCAAAAGCAGAUGCCAAGACCAUUCAUCUGGAAGCUUACGGAUCUCCACGAGAGCAUUAUGAUGACAACACCCAUUGCUUCCCCAUUACCGCCCAUUCCUCUACACAUACCAUGGGAGCCAUUCUUCCGCACUACGUCCUGCCCAAAGUUCACACCGCCAUUCCAUUGAAUGAAUUCCUCUCUAUCCUGGUCAUAGGAUCCCACAACCGUUCCGCAUCUGCUCUAAUUACCGAGAAUGAGAAGGCAAACAAACCAUUCAAUUGGCAACGUCCCACAGCAACAGUCCUUCAGACCCCUGAAGGAAAUGUACUCCAACUAAAUGUUCUCCCAGGGCAAGCAUAUGUUGAGCACUAUGCAGCGCUCCUAUCUACAUAUUUCGCAACUGUGGAGUUUACUGGACGCCGAGUCCCGCCCGUUCACUACAUUCCACCAGCAGCUGACGCUUGUGCGUCCAUAUUUGCCGAUUCAAACCUUCCGUAUCUUGGAAAGAUUGAUAUCGCAAUCCUAGGAUAUGUAGACAAAUUGCCCCGCUGUGCCGGACCCGACAUCUGGGAAACAGGUGUGGAUCGGGAAACCGAUGGUGGUGAACUCUUCGCUUGGAAGAAGCAAACUCUUCCUGAUGGCAGACUUGUCGCAUUUAUUGGAUGCACCGCAUGUUAUUGGGGAGAUAUCGGUGGCCAACUGAUCCGAGCACUGAAAGUCCAUAACGCAGUGCAAGAAGCAGUGUACAUCGGAAAGCUAGGGACAUUGAACGAAAAUUAUAUUCCGAAUUCGAUUCUCGCUACUGGAUCUUGCAGUACGUUUCCUGAUGGCAGCACCGUUGAAUGGAAGAGCAUUCUUGAGGAAGCAGUGAAGAGUAGCAGUGGUGUUGUGCAUGGGGUUCACUUCACUGGAGCAACAUCUUUAAGCGAAACAAAGGAAUGGACUCAGCAAUGGAAGAGAAAGGUCGACUGGGUCGAUCCCGAGAUCGGUCAUAUGGCAAAGGUGUCUUUGGAACUUGGAAUAGGGUAUGGUUUUCUUCAUGUUGUUUCGGAUAAUCUGUCCAGGGAAGGUUUAGAGGGGCUAGUCGAUGAGCGGAAAGCGACGAUCGUGGCGGAUAGGAUGAAGCUUUUAAAGCAAGCCGAUAUGAUCUUGGACGAAUAUUUUGGUCUGAAAUGAUGAUAGAUGGGCUCAGUACAGUACACGAAAUGAUUUAAGAGCAAAUAUUGCAGCGUUGUUUGAGGACUAAAUAAAGCGAACAUAAGUUCACAAAACAUGAGUCGAAUUCUGGC